ACAUUAAUUAUAGUAGGAUUUAAGCCUUUUCUAGUGAUUUUAUGGAUAUGUUUUACAAGCUAGUUCAUUAAGUGAUAGUAAUAAUAAGUUUUUGAGCAACGUUUGUCAGUAAAAACAAAUUAUUUUGAAGAAAUAAGAAAAGCGGUAAAAAAGAAAAAUUAAAGAGCAGAAAAAGAUUAAUUAAGAAGCAAUCUUGGAUAGUAUAAUGCUUAAUUACAACUUAAACUUCGUAGUAGCAUCAACAGUCUUCGCAAGUCUCGCUUUAUUUGGAUUAUUCAAGGUUUUAUUUCUUUUAAGGAAAAAGUUUCCAGUCAAAGUUAAUUGUUGGUUCUGUAACAUAAAUUUGAGAGUGCCUUAUGAAAGCUGGAACAGCUUUACAUGCCCAAAAUGUCAACAAUAUAAUGGAUUUACGGAUGAUGGAAAUUAUAAUAAGGAAAUAACUGAGCAGCAUUACUCAAAACUCAAUACUAAUGCUUACUGCCAAAAAUCUAACGGAGAUAGACUGUCUUACAGCAAUGGAUUCUGCGAAUUUUGUACUCGAAAUCAGGAACUGAAGAUUCAUCAACUAGCCAACUUUAGACCUAGAUGUGAGGACAACUAUGACGAAGAAAUUGAGGAAUUUCGACAAAAACUGGAGGAUUCGUAUCAAUUAUGCAACCAUUGUCAAGGACACUUGAACAAGACUUUAAACAAGAUCAAGACGAAGUUUAUCGGUUCCAAAUUGUCUCAAUUAGGCUCAAAAUUGAACAAGAAUUUACAUCAAACAGCCAAGAUUAUCGUCGAUGAUGGAAAAGUCAUUUCUUAUUUCAUCACAUCAAUAAUUUUACUUUUAAGCAUUGCCAAUUUCAUAAGAGAUAUGAAAGUCAAACUGCCAGCAUUUACAAAUGACGAAAAGAUUUUGGAUAUUUUUAAUCACUUUCGAGUCUUCGUUUACACAAUUAUAGAUAUGAUGACAAAUUGGAUGAAAGAACUGAAACUUAAUGAAUUUUUCGAUGAUAUUGAUAGAAUCGCUAUAAGUGCUCUGAUUUUAAACUCAAUUUUAAUUUUUAAUAAUCUUAAGAAUAUUAGGAUUCCUGUGAUUAUAUCAAUGGCUUUAUGGGCAACAAAAAUGAUGCUUAAGGAGGUUCCAUUUGAUGUCCAGCAUGAAUCGGCUAUUAAAGGAACAAUGUCGAUAAUUUUGAUAGUUUCAUCGAUCUUACUGUUUAAGGAGAAAAAGAAGGAGGAACUGGAUGUUACAAAUAAUGGCAGUUUCCAUAAAAUUCCAACAGAAAUGCUUGAAGAAUCAGAUACAGAAAUUGAUUUAUCUGAAACUAGUUCCUUUUUCGACCAUAGAAGUAACAAAACUGUAUUUUCGAAGUCCUCAAGAAUGUCGUCGAGCUUUCGUACAAGCUAUGCGGAACCAAUCAAGACACUCAACAGUACAAUUAAGCAUGACAUUUCAAAGCCAAUUGACAUAUUGAGUAACAAGAGUUUUAGCAUAACAAAGGAAGUUUUGACUGCUGAUCGUCAUCAAGUUCAAAAUGAUAUAACUAGAUUGAAAUUGUCAGAUAAGAAUGAAGAUAUUUUCUCUACCACAUCAACAAUUAAAGAUUUUAAUAAUAGUCAAUACUCAAAUCCUUUUUCUCUCGAACGUAGUCGCUGUGAUAGUCCAGCACCGUCUGUAGCUAGUCUCUUUAGUACAUCAACUCGUGCACAAUUAAUUUCACCUCCUCGUCUUCAUUCACCUUUAGUCUAUACAAGUAAUACAAAUUCAUCUUGGGUAGCUGGAGGAUAUUGGCAAUCACCACAAAAGAAAUAUUUAAAUGGACCAAAUCCAAUGAUGUCAAGAAGCUCAUCACAAUCAUCAGGUUUGGGUACGAUUGAUGGUUCUGAUAAGAAUUCACAAGAAGAUUCGCUAUCGCAUGAGGAUGCAACUUCGUUAUUCUCAGACCAAACUUUAAGUCAUCGACAAAAUAUCUUUGAAAUGCCACCAAGUCGAUCGCUUUUUAGCAAUACGCAGUUUUUCAAUCAGCCAAUAAAUCAUAAUUUCUUUAACAACACGUACAGUAACAACAAUAAUACUAUUGGAAGUUUUAGAAAAUAUCGUGAAGCUAACACAUUUUUUAAAUAACUUAAAUAUUGGAACUAAUGAAUUGAAAUUGAAUGAAUAUUGUUCAACUAUGAAAGAUCAUAUUAAGGGUAGUCCAUGCUUUGAAUAAGAUAUUUCCGGUUAUAAACGAUUAUUUAAAGCAUGGACCUUCUCGAAACAUUAUGAAUAAGUAUAAUUUUGUGAUUAUAAAGUGUUUUUGUUGAAAAUAGGAUUGUAAAUAAAAAGUUUUAUUAUUUUUCUCUUGUAAUACUC